AUGGCGAUGACGAUUUCUUAUGUUGUGGGCGCUUUGCUUUUGCUUGUUCUUGGAUCCUCAGCUUCAAUUCAAGAUAAUUCGACGGUUCCACCGCAAGCCAAGAGAAAGAUCUUCGCAGAGUACCUUGGAGCCGAGGGAUACUCUGUGACAUUCGCCGAGGUUCCAAUCGAGGCGGCUGUAGAUUUCUACUUCAUCCUCAGCUUCGCCGUCGAUGCCGACGAAGAUGGCAAGCCGCGAAACGGGAUCUUCAGCCAGGUGUGGUCCGAAGAUCUCACUCCAGAGUCUGUCCGGGAGAUCAAAUCCUCGCGAAGCAACGUCAAAGUUCUCAUGAGUUUGGGGGGCUGGAGUGUCUAUACCCGGGCCGGGAAAGAUAAAAUCCUCUUCUGGUAUGAUCCGAAAGAUCCGGAAGCCUGGAUAAAAAAUGCCCACAACUCCAUCGCCAAGAUCGUCCGCACUUACUCGCUUGAUGGGAUCGACAUCGAUUAUGAGAGCUUCCACAGCGAGAACACCACCUUCGCGUAUUGCAUUGGCGAGCUUAUCACCAGGCUCAAAGCUGACAAGAUCAUCACCAUCGCCACCAUCGCUCCAUUCGAGAACAUCGAUCCGCAGUACAUCGAACUCUUCCAGAGCUACAACUCCACGAUCGAUUAUGUCAACUAUCAGUUCUAUACGACCAGGAAUGCGCCCUCGGUGGACAAGUUCGUGGCCAACUACAACCGGAAAGCGGAGAUCUUCGGCGUGGACAAGACGCUGGUGAGUCUCCAGGUGCGCGAUCGAGGCAUCCAGGGGGAUGAUUUCUUUGCGGGAGUUCACAGGAUCGUCAAUGAAACGAGUGGAAGAUUGCCCGGGAUCAUGAUGUGGAGCCUCGACAUGUCUGUGCAUUACAAGACCAAGUUUCUAUAUGAAACCAAGGGUCAAGAAAUUUUACUAGGCUUUUAG